AUGCCGGACCCUACUAAUACUAGCGUUACUAACGCUAAUGCCACUGUGGAUUACCUUCCUAAGUCAGAAGGUACUAUACUACAGUCCCCGGCUACUGCAAAGGAUGACCUUAUAGAUAUCCUUACUAGCCUUACUCCUGCCGACCUUGCUGGCCCUACUGGCCCUGCUGGCCCUGCUGGCUCUGCUAUACCUGCCAGCCCUACUAACCCUACCAGCCCUACCGACUUAUUCCCUUAG